ACCACAACAUCCAAUAGAGUUCUCAUGAAAGGGGCUCAGUGAAGCUUGCAACCAGCCCCUGGCUUUAUGGACUUCCAGUGCCAUGGGAAUGUCAUAUCUGAGCAACACUUUUACAGGGCUUGGUUUCCAGAGGCGAUUCAUAACAUCAAGUAAAAAAGGAUAUCACCUUCAAGAUGAGUGUGACUUUAAAAAAGAAGGUUCUGCUGAUGGGCAAGAGCGGCUCAGGAAAAACCAGCAUGCGCUCCAUCAUCUUUGCCAACUACAUUGCUCGCGAUACAAGACGGCUGGGUGCAACCAUUGACGUCGAGCACUGCCACGUCCGCUUCCUGGGCAACCUGAUGCUGAAUCUGUGGGACUGCGGAGGCCAGGAGGCAUUCAUGGAGAACUACUUCGCCAGCCAGCGCGACAGCAUAUUUCGUAACGUGGAAGUGCUGAUCUACGUGUUCGACAUCGAGUCUCGCGAGCUGGACAAGGACCUCCACUACUACCAGUCGUGUCUGGAGGCGUUGCUGGAGAACUCGCGCGACGCCAAGGUGUUCUGUCUGAUCCACAAGAUGGACCUGCUGCGGGAGGACUCCCGUGAGGAGGUCUUUCGCGAGCGCGAAGAGGAGCUGCGUGUCAGGAGUAAGCCGCUCGACAUCACGUGCUUCAAGACCUCCAUCUGGGACGAGACCCUGUACAAGGCCUGGUCCAGCAUCGUGUACCGGCUCAUCCCGAACGUGGGCAUGCUGGAGUCGUGUCUCAAACAGUUCGCCGACAUCAUCGACGCUGACGAGGUGCUGCUGUUCGAGCGCGCCACGUUCCUGGUGAUCAGCUGCUGCGAGCGCAAGGACCACAAGGACCCUCACCGGCUCGAGAAGGUCUCCAACAUCAUCAAACAGUUCAAGCUCAGCUGCAGCAAGCUGGCGGCGCAGUGUCAAAGUAUGGAGGUGCGGAACUCUAACUUCUCGGCAUUUAUCGAGACGUUCACCGCCAACACAUACUGCAUGGUGAUCCUGUCGGACACCUCUAUCCCCUCGGCGUCGACCAUCAUGAACCUGCGGAACGCGCGCCGCCAGUUCGAGCGGCUAGAGCUGAUGGAUCGGCGGUAGGCGGCGGGACGUCUGCGUCGGGGCGCCCGGGGCCGCCGGCGACUCAGGCAGUGCCACUCGUGGUCGGUGGCAUUGACGGAGCAGCCCACUACGGACGGCAGACCUGGCGGUGGUCUGAGCCGGCACCGGGGAGGAGUGAGUGCUCAGAUGAACCCAGCGGACGCCCGCGGAGUUGACGUGCUUUGCGCUGCUGUGGCCUCCAGAUAGCCCCUCGAAAAGUCAGAGUCGCGUCAGCGAGGACUGGCCCGGCUGACCGCGGCGGUGACCUCCAGAUAGCCCCUCCAAAAGCCAGAGUCGCGUGAGCGAAGACUGGCCCGGUUGACUUCGGCUGACUUCAGUCAGCCAGACUGAAGACUAGACCGCCAGACCAGUCAGCAGCCGGAGGCGACGACGACGCGGACCUCGUGUGGGAGCAGUAGCCACGCGUGUGCGGACCCGCGGACCGGCGCUGGAGGGGCCUCGGGACAGGACAGCGCACGUACGCCUGGUGUGUAGUCGGGCGCCGGUCCGCUACACACGCGCGCCCUAUACGCAGAUGCUUACUCUCCGUCGGAGGCCCAGCAGAAAAGUGGGCGGAGAAGGGAGGGAGUCUGCGUCGCGAAGAUAGGGGAACGGAUAUGAGACACGCGAACUGUAUGGCGCGGGGGCAGGCGCUGUGCGCGCAUCUCAGAUGCCCCGCCGGGAUCCAUCGUACUCGUCGUGCCGGGAGAGCUGUAUCGUGUAUGGGCUUGAUCCUCGCUGGUUUUGUAUCAAGUGGUAUGCUCGCUCACGAGCCCGUAAUGUUUCGUAGCUCGAAGUAGGGCGUCACUUACUCCAUGUGCGUUACAGUCUAUUGUCUGAGAGGGUGGAGUCCCACACGGCUUUGUGCCGAUGAUGGUUACUGGGGAUUCAUUGAUAUUCGCUUCCGUCGUUGCGGGUGGUCCGAGGCGAGGCAUUUGCCGGUAGACAUGCACGCCAAUGUAUUGCCUCGACCACGCCACCGAUGUGCAAUUUGUGGUCGGGAAACGGCCAGUUUAGGCAUUGGCGGACUGUACUUCGUGACAGAUGCUUUUGGGAAGUUGUUUCGCCAGUGAUUUCUGUCGCUUCACCUGCUGCAAUUUGACUAUGACACCGUACGGCGUUGCGCUCGAUGCCCGUCAUGCGUCAACAAAAAGUAUUACCUUGUGUAGCCCAAUACGCAGUGUUUCCGGUUUCUUCGCCAUGUGGGUGGGAAAGAUCGCAACGCACGCUGCCUGGGGGAGGCGGGCGUCUUUUCCAGAGACGGGGACUGGCGUAAUAUGUUUAGAAGUGCAAAUCGCCGAAGUCGCUCACCUUGGCGGGCAGGGAGCGUCACGCCUGGACACCUCAGGGAGCGUAACUCAAGACCCGGGGCGCUGGGCUGGCCGCAGAGCUGUGGCGCGCCGGCAAAUAUCUACAGCCGGCGAGGAACGUACCGGGCAAUAGCCAAAUAUACAUAUGCCUUACAAGUACAGAUGAGCCGCCGUGUGUAU